AUGCGGUCCUAUCGGAUUUUUUGGACAUGUGUAAUUGGCAUGGUCCAUGUAAUGCUACCUUUUUCCUUUUCCUGUGACGUACCUGGCUGUUUUUGUUUCGAAGAUUUUUUGAGCUGUCACAAUCUGACGUCAUUUCCGGCUAAAUUUCCGAAAGAUUUAAAAGACAUACAUUUCUAUGACAUCACGUUUGAGAAAAUACCGACAUAUGCAUUCCGUGAUCUGACUGACUUGAAGACUUUUAAGGUAUACCGAGGUUCUGUGGAGGUGAUAGAAAGUUCUUCUUUCAAUGGAUUUCAAAGCUUACAAACAGUUUACUUCGAUAAUGUGUCGAUAGGGGAGAUUCAGGGACGAGCCUUCGGUAAACUGCGCAAUAUUUCGAUAACAUUCCUUUUAUCGUCUAUUCGCACCGUACGAUCAUAUGCAUUUGAAAACAUCGGAAAAGCGAAUAACCUUGUUUUUGCUAACCUGAAGAUUGCAAAUAUAGAAAGCCAUGCGUUCGAAAAUAUAUCUGAUGUUAAGUCAAUUUCGUUUCGUAUGUGUAACAUCACAUCUAUGGCCCCUCGAUCUUUUCACAACUUUGACAGGAUUGGAUCCUUUGGGUUUCACACUAACAAUGUGGAUUCUCUUGCGUGCGGUAAUAUCGACAGUGCUAUCUCCGCCGCAACCAAUCAACUUAUGGUGUACUUUUUCAGCAACACGGCUUCUUGUAACUGUGAUCUUACCUGGGUUAUAAAAAACCCGACAAUGACUCAUGUAUUGUCCUAUUCUAAUAAGUGUAUUCUGCCGGGAUCAAAAGGACAUGUCAAAGUCAGCUUGGAAGAUUUAACAUUAGACGUGCUAAAUUGUACCCAGCAAGACGCCACUUGUCCCGAAGACGAAUCAUCAACAGCAACAACGGAAGUGACAUCACAAGCGAUGUACACGUCUUCAUCGACUAUAGACAUGGUGUUUUCGACAUCGACAACUUCUGUAUCAACGGACAGUAAACGAGACACUAUGACAACCACUGCAGCCUCUGUAGCAGUCGAACCGGAUCACAUAAUGACGAGUACCGUAAUAUCAACGGAAACCACAGCGCCCUCUAGAUCUGUAACCACAGGAGACACACCGUCGCUGACCAGAAGCGAACAUUCUUCACCAUCCAAUCACUUCUCCACAUUCAUAUCAACCACACAGACCAAUUCUAGUGUCACGACUCCUCCUACCAUUACCAAGGUAACAACAAUCACUCGCUCAGUGUCAAGGACAUCAGCGAUUCCAUACCAAACGACGUCUUAUAUAGAAGCUCAGCACAGAGAGGCCAGCAGCGCCAACUUAGUCAUGUGGUCUGUACUGACCUUGACCUUGACAUUGACUUUAAAUUGCUUAUUGUGCCGAGCAAUAACAUCCGUUUCAUUGUGA